AUGGACACCAGUUUGAAGUUUGCUCUUCUUAUCAGUGUGCUGCUUGCUAUCUUCAUUCAUGUGGUAGUGUCAGACUGUCCUCCAGAAACUGAUCAUUAUUUAGAAAGCUAUGAAAGUUUUGUAUUUCAUUCACCACGAUGGCCACGCAGAUAUCAGGCAGAUGAGCACUGUACAUAUCAUAUGGGUACCCAUCAAGGAAACCGAAUCUACUUAGAAUUUAUCAAAUUCAAAGUUGAGUUUCAACCUGGCUGUGCUUAUGAUCAUGUUGAAGUGUUUGAUGGUGCAUUUCUUACUAACACAAGUCUUGGUUUAUUCUGUGGUCAUGCCAUACCACCCAGAUUUGUUAGUAGUGAAGAGGACGUUCUUGUUCAAUUUAUCAGUGAUGGCGCAUACAACGACAAAGGAUUUCUAGCCAUAGCUGUCAGUAUUCCUGAACCAAAUAAUAAUACAAUGAACAAUGACACACAGUGUGAAGAUACAAUGAUAUCUGGUGAAGAGGGUUUGUUUACAUCUACUGGUUACCCUUACAAGUAUUCUCCAAAUCAACAAUGUAAAUACAAUGUUGCAUCACCACAGGGAACCAUAUUACAGAUCAAUUUCAAAACAUUUGAUAUAGAGCCUUCCACCAGCUGCCAUUUUGACUAUGUUGCAGUGUAUGAUGGGAAUUCAUCUAGUGACCCUCUGAUUGGUAAAUACUGCAAUGGACAUAACAACCAACCUCCAAGUAUUAUUGAAAGUUCUCAUAACCGUCUACACAUUGAGCUAGUGAGUGAUGAAUCUAAAGAGACAUCAGGCUUUCUUAUAUUCUAUGCAACACAAGCAAUUGGACUAUCAGUGGAUGAAGAUGACCUUGAUGAUGGUUGCAAGGACACAAAGUUUUCUUGCCUCAAUGGUCGUUGUAUACAUCUUGAUUUGAUAUGUGAUGGUGUUGAUGACUGUGAAGACAAUUCAGAUGAAUUCUGCUUCCAGGCUGUAACUCUCAUGUCUAGUGGUGACGCUGGCUUAGCCGUUUUCAUUGGUUGUUUUGUUGGUGCUGCUGUCAUAGUAAUUGUUGCUAUUAUCUUAAUUUAUUGCAAAUUCAAGAAAAGUAACAGUGGAGCCGGAAUUCACUAUCCAGCCUUGUCAUCGAUACUAUCGCACUCACGGAAAGAGCAUGGAAUUGCAUUGACCUAUGUCACUGCAAGAAAAAUAACAGAUAAUUUAUGA